UAUAUUUGAUUGAAGAAUAACAACAUUUCUGCUAUACUGCAGGAUUGCUGUCCUUUUCCUUUGAGGGAAUCGUGGAAUCGUGGAAGAGGCAAGAAGAGACAAAAUUAUUUGAAGGAAUCUGCAGUUCGUGUGCCCUUACAAUUGUAUUUUACACACACAGUUCUCAGCAGCUUGGUCAGUGAAGUAGAGGACAGUAGAGGAGGAGGAUAGAGAGAAGCAGAGGAGGACAUACCAGAGGGAGAAAGAGAGAGGGAGCUCUGCAGCAGGAUCCCCACCGUGCUGAGCACAGGACUGCGUGACUGGUCUGUGCUGGGUGAGGGGGAGGGGAGGCAUAUCAGUGCAACACAGCCUUACUGGAUGAGAAGCAGCAGUAACACUAGCAGCAUCUCAUUUGUGGCUGCUGGGGGCUCGGUCUCACACACACAGGCGCUCCCAGCGCCACCGUCACACACACGCAGUGGCAGCCACAGCCGUCGUUAGAGCCUGGGCUGGGGCAGGGACGGGGACCGCUACUGUGACGACUGGAGCUACGGCGAUAGCAGCUGCUGCACCAUGGCACAAGCCGCCAAGCAGCUACGCAAGAACAAGGACCUAGCGGAGCUCGCAGCUCAGGAGCUGAAGGAUAAGGAGGAGGAGAAGAACAAGAAGAGGAAUCGAUCGAGGGACCGAAGACGCAAGAUGUUGCCGGUGUUGCGGUAAAAGAAAGUUGUGCAGAUUUGGUUCCCACUCCCACUAUUCUAUUUUCCCCUGGGUACAUCAAUGUAGCUACACCUGUUACAAUACGCUGUGAGUCACCAAAAGGCACAGAGUGCAAAUUCUACAAAGAUCACGACCCCAACCCUAUAAGGAAACUGGAUUACAAGCAGGGUGCUUGCCAGUUCAAGUUGCUCUGGAAUGAGUUCAAAAGGUGGAACAAGACUGAAGUAGAUCUCAGCUGUGUAAUUGUACAGAACAGAGAAGGUGAAACGAUCAAAACCUCAAAACCUAGUGAUGCUCGAAGACUUAAUGUGGGUGAUGGGGAAAUACCUCAAUCUUCGAUGUGAGGCCAAGGCUGGCACCUCUUGCUACUUUUAUCUGAACAUUGGUGACUCACACUUUAAAAAACUACCCUACAAAGACAAUGGCUGUUUGGGGAGAGUGGCAGAAGAGGAACUGCAGAGGAAGAGGAGCAGUGCUGGAGAGAUCUUCAUCACCUGUGCUGUGGAGCUGGUGGUAGAGGGUGAAGAUACUGUGACAUCACAGCAUAGUGAACCCCUCGGUAUCACCAUAGAUGUCAUAAAUCCUCCAGGAGCUACUAAUUCCACAUCAGCGUUCAGUUUAAUCACACCUGGUCAGGAGAAGACAAGCAACAGUGCCACACCCCAAGGAAGUGGUACAAAGUUCCACGUCGUCAUCAGUCUGGGUACUUGUUCCCUUUUCCUGGUUCUGCUAGCUGGGUGUGUGCUGGGUGUUCUCCAACGCAAGUGUGGGGUUCAAGGCAGGCCUGUAAAUACUGGAAGCCCACCUGAACAGCAAGACCAAAACCCACCAUGUGUCUAUUCUGUCAUCACAAAGCCUUCUAGGGAUGAGGAAGAGGACACUAGUCUGCAAUACGCUACAGUGACAUAUACCGGUGUCCAAGCUAGUCGUCAAUAUGCAACAGUGACAUCUACCGGUAACCAAGUUGAACCUGGGCGCACCAAGAUCAAGUUUGAAAUAGCUGGAGAGUACGCCCUCUUAGCAGAAUCAUAGAAGAAGAAACAUUUACUGGAUAACAUGUUUUGCCAUAGUUUACAGUUACAAUCCUAUAUUUAGUUUUCAUAUUGGAUCAUAAUUUACUCAUAGUACAAAAACAAAUCCUGCCACAACAUCAAAGACUAAAGAUACUGUAUCUACUCCUUUCUGAAAACAAGCAUCUUCAACUAUUUGCAUUUUAGGUUAAAUGAAAUAAAUGAAAAGUACACUGUCUGAAACAUAAAAUAAAUGUUUUCCUUAAUUGAGUUACCGAAUCUAGUCAGCAGUCACCAAUCAGUAGUCACCAAUCUAUUUCACUCCUUGACAAGAGUCAAUAUAGACUCAAAGCCACAAGAGGGUAGAACACAUGUCAAACUUUGCUUGUUACAUCUCUACAUCUCUCUCUUUAACCAUGUCUGGUGUAUAUUAGUUUUCAGUGGUGGAAAAAGUACUCAACAAACAUACUUAAGUAAAAGUAAAGAUACCUUCAUAGAAAA